AUGGGUAAGAAAUUUUUAUUUACUUCUGAAUCUGUCGGUGAAGGUCAUCCAGAUAAGAUCUGUGAUCAAGUUUCCGAUGCUGUCUUAGAUGCUUGUUUGGAACAAGAUCCUCAUUCAAGAGUCGCUUGUGAAACCGCUGCCAAGACCGGUAUGAUCAUGGUUUUCGGUGAAAUCACCACAAAAGCUCACAUUGACUACCAAAAGGUCGUCAGAGAAACUAUCAAGAAAAUCGGUUACGAUGACUCUGAAAAAGGUUUCGAUUACAAGACUUGUAACGUCUUAGUCGCUAUCGAACAACAAUCCCCAGAUAUCGCUCAAGGUGUUCACGAACAAAAAGCUAUCGAAGAUAUCGGUGCCGGUGACCAAGGUAUUAUGUUCGGUUACGCUACCGAUGAAACCCCAGAAGGUCUACCAUUAACCAUUCUUUUGGCUCAUAAAUUGAACAUGGCCAUGGCCGACGCCAGAAGAGACGGUUCUCUUCCAUGGUUGAGACCAGACACCAAGACUCAAGUCACCGUUGAAUAUGAAGAAGAAAACGGUAGAUGGAUCCCAUUGAGAAUCGAUACCAUCGUUGUCUCUGCCCAACAUGCUGAAGAAAUCUCCACUGAAGAUUUAAGAAGUGAAAUCAAAUCUAAGAUCGUCGAAAAAGUUAUCCCAUCCAACAUGUUAGAUGAAAACACAAAAUAUUUCAUUCAACCUUCCGGUAGAUUCGUUAUCGGUGGUCCACAGGGUGAUGCUGGUUUAACCGGUAGAAAGAUUAUUGUCGACGCUUACGGUGGUGCUUCCGCUGUCGGUGGUGGUGCUUUCUCCGGUAAGGAUUACUCCAAGGUCGACCGUUCCGCUGCUUACGCUGCUAGAUGGGUCGCUAAAUCUUUACUUGCCGCUGGUUUAUGUAAGAGAGUUGAAGUCCAAUUCUCUUACGCUAUCGGUAUUGCUGAACCAUUAUCUAUUCACGUCGACACCUACGGUACCGCUACUAAAUCUGAUGAAGAAAUCAUUGAAAUCAUCAAGAACAACUUCGAUUUAAGACCAGGUGCUUUAGUCAAGGACUUAGAUUUAGCUCAGCCAAUUUACUUACCAACCGCUUCUUACGGUCAUUUCACUAACCAAGAAUACGCUUGGGAAAAACCAAGAGCUUUGAAAUUUUAA